AUGUUUCCGAAAGUGCCAGGUGUUAUUGUAAAAUUCAGUAUCGAUACAACCGUUCCACCAGUUAGGAAUGCCUACUACAACGUUCCAGCUGCAUUUAGGGAAAGUGCGAGAUCACGACUGCUUACCAUGGAAAACCAAGGAAUUAUCGAACGAGUAACUUGCGCUCCAAAUUGGAUAAGCGGCAUGUCGGCUGUCGCCAAAGGAAAAGAUGAUUUCCGUCUUGUUGUCAAUAUGAGAGCACCUAAUCGAGCAAUCAAACGAGAAUACUUCCGAUUACCGUUGUUGGAUGAAAUGAGGGUUAAACUCAAUGGAGCCAAAUACUUCUCGAAACUCGAUUUAACAAACGCGUUUUAUCAUCUUGAGCUACAUGAAGAAUCACGUGAUUUAACUACAUUUUUGUCCGAGAACGGUAUGUUUAGAUUCACACGCCUAAUGUUCGGCGUCAAUUGCGCACCAGAAAUUUUCCAGAGGGAAAUGUCACGAAUUCUAGAAGGUGUAAAUAACAUUAUCGUCUAUAUAGAUGACAUACUGAUAUUUGCUGAUAAUUUGGAGGAGCUCCAUAGAACCGUGACACAGGUUUUGGCAAUUUUAAAGGAAAAUAACCUGACCAUAAAUGUCGAAAAAUGUGAGUUCGAUAGAACUCGUAUCGUUUUUCUCGGACACGAGCUCGACGAAAAUGGUUUUAACAUCAAUAAGGCGAAAAUUAAAGACAUUCAAAGCUUCAGACCCCCCUCUACGGUUUCCGAGCUCCGAAGUUUUUUAGGUCUGGCAUCUUUUGUUAGCCCGUACAUAAAAGCAUUCGCAAAUACUGCAAGUCCGUUAUGGGCCAUUACUAGUUCCAGUGAAUGGAAAUGGGGCCCCGAACAGCAAGCAGCUUUCGAAAAACUAAAGGAGCAAAUAGAGCACUGUACAACAUCUCUUGGAUUUUUCGCUGAGGAACAAAAGACUAUUCUAUACACGGAUGCCUCACCAAAUGCACUUGGUGCUGUAUUAGUUCAGCAUCAGGAGAAUCGGCCCCCUCGGGUGAUAAGUUUUGCGUCCAAGGCACUAACCCCCACUGAGAAGAGGUAUCCACAAAAUCAGCGCGAAGCUCUAGGAGCAGUAUGGGCUGUUGAGCACUUCGCUUAUUUUUUGUUAGGAAGGCCGUUUACACUCCGCACAGAUGCACAAGGCUUCACAUUUAUCCUAAACCGUGCCCGUGAACAUUCAAAACGAGCAUUAAAUCGAGCUGAUGGUUGGGCUCUUCGUCUCAGUCCGUAUAAUUUCGAAGUAGAAUAUGUACGAGGGCGGGACAACAUUGCUGAUCCGUCAUCGAGAUUGUACGUUGGUGAAGACACACCUUUCAACGAAGACACCAGUCCUUGGGAGAUUGCAUCCCUAGAAGCAAACCAAAUAGGCUUUCUUACAGAAGAAGAAGUAAGAGCAGCAUCAAUAACAGACAAACUAUUGCAAGAGGUAAUGCUGGCAAUCGAAUUCGAAAUGUGGCCAAGGCACCUGAAAAAAUUUGAAACGCUUAGCAGUGAGUUGAGUGUACGUGAUGGAUUGUUAAUGAAAACAGGAUGUGCUGUAGUUCCGGAGAGCUUACGUAAAAAGGCCUUAUCUGUUGCCCACGAAGGUCAUCCAUCGACAGCCAAAUUCAAAAGUAUUUUAAGACAACGAGUUUGGUGGCCAGGUAUGACAAAAGAUGCAGAAGCAUGGGUAAAUUCGUGUGCAAUAUGUGCAACAAACGGAAAACCGGAAAAGCCCACUCCCAUGGUGCGUGUGUUUGCACCUAAGGCAGUAUGGGAAACGAUCGCAAUAGAUUUCAAUGGACCGUAUUCUAAAUUUGGAGGAGUUUCAAUUUUAGUCAUCAUCGAUUAUCGGUCUAGGUAUGUGAUUGCGAAACCUGUUAAUUCGACAAGCUUCGAGAACACAAAGAAAAUUUUGGAUGCUGUCUUUGAAAGAGAGGGUUUCCCUGGAUGUAUAAAAUCGGAUAACGGCCCUCCCUUCAACGGCGAGGAGUACAAGCGAUACUGCUCCGAACGCGGAAUAAACCUAAUUUUUUCCACUCCACUAUAUCCACAACAAAAUGGGUUAGUCGAAAGCUGCAUGAAGUUUAUCAACAAAGCGAUGAAUGCAGCCUAUUGUAAACAAUCGCGAUUUAUAGACGAAUUGAACGCGGCAGUUAAUGCGUACAAUGCAGCCGCACAUUCGGUUACAAAAAUACCACCAGAAGAAGCGAUGAUGGGGCGUAAAAUUAAGCGUGGUCUUCCUCUGCUGUAUCGGGGUAGUGUUUCGAUCGACGAAGACCUUCUAAGUGCUAGAGAUCGUGCAUCCAAAAUUGAAGGAAAAAGACGAGAAGAUCGCAGACGUGGUGCCCGCGAAUGCAGGGUCAAGCCAGGAGAUAAAGUAAUCAUUGAGCGACAGGUCCGGGGCAAAGCAGAAUCUAGAUUUCAUCCUCGCAAAUACACUGUGAUACAGGAACAAAAUGGCAUGCUGAACCUAACCGACGAAAAUGGCCAAUCCCUUAAAAGACAUGUCUCUCAAACGAAGAAGGUUCAUGAAUGGAUACCUGCAAAUAUCCAUAAAGAGUAUAUUCGGUUUCAGAAUCCGAUCCAAUCUUCAAUACAGCAACCCAAAUCAAAUGACAGUGCUCAAGACUUUCGACGUUCAGAGAGAAGUAGACGACUUCCGUUACAUCUGAAUAAUUACGUUUAA